CACCUAAAAAUAAUUAUUUAAAACCAUGUCAAGACGAAUGUAAUAAUGAUAAUUCACAGCAAGAUACAUAUAAUCGAGAUAUUUUACUUAAUGAAAGCUUCUCUAAACAUAAUGAAGAAGAUAAUAUUGAACUUCAUGAUACAGAUAAUGUUGAACCUUAUGAUGCAGAUAAUAUUGGACUUCAUGAUAUAGAUAAUAUUAAAUCUUAUAAUAUAGAAAAUACUAGUAUUGAAAAUUCUUUUCGUUUAGCAAAAGAGUUAUUGGAAUUUAGCAAAAAUAAUAAAGCUACUAAUUUAUUUGAAAAUCGAUAUCCGUUAACUUCAAAUGUUCUUCAAGAAUUGACAAUUCAAGUUUCAGACUCAUCACAUAAUCAAACUAUACCAAGCACAUUUAAUAUUCAAGAAGAAAAAACUAAACAUACUUUGCUAUAUGAAUUUUUCAAAGGAAAUACGUUUAAUAAUUUAUGA